GACUGAGGGAGUUGAUUGUGUUUCAUUGCCCUCUGGUACAAUUUCUCCCCGUUGUCCCCAACUUAUUUGUGAUUAUGAUAUGGAAAAACCCGCCACCGGGUUUUUAUUUUGAAAGGCUGCGGCGGAAGCGGUGCAGGUGAUGUCUGUAAAUUGACGCCGAAGCCGCGUGUCUCGGUGGUGGGAUGAGUGAAAGACAGCAGCGGGGACUGAGCGGAGGAGGAGGAGGAGUCUGUCCCAGCCUGCAUCUGGCCCGCUCCCCUCUCUGUCACCCCGGGCCAAACCCGCCCCGCUGCUCUCACUCACUCUGCGCCUGUCCUCCAGCACGGUACGGCUCGGCUCGGCUCGGCUCGGACACUCACUCACACUCGCAGCGAGGACACGGAAUGGAGACGGAAGGCAGCCAGAGCAGUCUGUCCACCACGGACUCCCCUCACGACCCCUGCAAAAUGUUCAUAGGUGGACUCAGCUGGCAGACAACACAAGAGGGUUUGAAGGAGUACUUCUGCAAGUACGGCGAGGUGAAGGAGUGUAUGGUGAUGCGAGAUCCGGUUACUAAGCGCUCGAGAGGGUUUGGAUUCGUCACCUUUGUCGAUCAGGCCGGCGUGGAUAAAGUUUUGGCCCAAACCCGCCACGAGCUGGACUCCAAAACAAUCGACCCGAAGGUGGCUUUCCCUCGCAGAGCUCAGCCUAAGCUAGUGACUCGGACCAAGAAGAUCUUUGUGGGCGGCCUGUCAGUGAACACAACCAUCGAGGACGUCAAGCAGUACUUUGACCAGUUUGGGAAGGUCGACGAUGCCAUGCUCAUGUUCGACAAGACCACCAACAGACACAGAGGGUUCGGCUUUGUGACGUUCGAGAACGAGGACGUGGUGGAGAAAGUGUGCGAGAUCCACUUCCACGAGAUCAACAACAAAAUGGUGGAGUGUAAGAAGGCUCAGCCCAAGGAGGUGAUGUCCCCCACGGGCUCCGCCAGGGGGCGCUCUCGGGUGAUGCCCUAUGGAAUGGACGCCUUCAUGCUGGGCAUUGGUAUGCUGGGUUAUCCAGGCUUUCAGACUGCGACCUACACCAGUCGGAGCUACGCCGGCAUCACUCCUGGCUACACCUACCAGUUCCCUGAGUUCCACUUAGAGAGGACCCCCCUUCUGACUUCACCCCACCCCCCUGAGCUCACAGCCAUUCCUCUCACAGCAUAUGGACCAAUGGCGGCGGCGGCAGCUGCGGCGGCAGUCGUUCGAGGCUCCACCCCGUCUCGCUCGGCUGGAUUUUUAGGUACGAGCAGCCCGGGCCCGAUGGCGGACCUUUACGGAACGGCCAGUCAGGAGUCGGCGGUCAGCAGUUACCUGAGCGCCGCGAGCCCCGCCCCCAGCACCGGAUUCAGCCACAGUUUAGGGGGUCCCCUGAUCGCCACGGCCUUCACUAACGGCUACCACUGAGAGCUGCAGAGCUGCAGACCGAGAGCUGGAAGGAGCUGAAGCUGCUCCGGAGCCGAUCUGGCCCGUCUCCGUUCAGUCCACCUCUCCGACCGGGACGCCUCCUCCACCCCGGGUGUCCGCCGGAGCCUCACUAAACUCCACCUCCUGAGAAAAAGAAGAAUUCGCUCCCUAAGGGGGCGACAGCGUUCAUCACUACAUGUUUUAGCGACGCGUACAAAUGCUGUAUUUUUAGUAUUUUUCCUGUUGUUGCGUUUGACUCGGCUGUUGUGCUGUUUUUUGUUUGUUUCUUUGGCGAUGGCCGAGUUGUUUCUUUAGCUGUUUUGGCUGUGUUUUACUUGACCUCUGAAUCCGAUCUCUCUGAGAUGACGGGAGAAAAUAAUCUCCGGGCGAAGCUCGUUUGAAAGCCGGGAGCUGACAUUUGUGCUGGAAAACUGUAAACGAGUCAGUGGUUCAUGCUGAAUUUUAACAAAACGUUUGUGAUUAAUACUGUGUCAUAAAGUGUAUAUCUCGGUAGGUUUUUAACAGACUCUGUUCACUAACGAUUAGUCGCAGUUCCACGAUAGGCCGACACGAGCUGUACAGUUCUGUAAGAUAUUGUAAAUAUGAGUGGUUUCGGGGUGGGGGGACAAACGGUGCGAUGGACUCUCUCCUCGGUCGCGGCGUGUUGGACUGUAACACGGAGCUCGAACUGGAACAACACUUUACUCCCGGAGGGGCGUGUGAAGUCACUCCUCUGUCAGCAGAGGAUUAAACUCGCCGUUUUCUUACUUUGUCGUGUUCUUGUUUUAACUGUGAUGUUCGAAAUGUGAUGAUUGUUUGUGAAGGGAAGUGAAGGACGAGUGUGCAGCACAGUUAAAGGGGCACUUCACCCUAAAAUCAAGUCCACUCGUUUCCUCUCACCUGUCGUGCCGCUCAUCCGUCGAGGCGGUUUUGGUGGGGACGGGAUCCUCCUCGGCUGAGCUGUGACGCCAGUUAGCCUCUCGUAAGUGACUCUGACUUCGGGGUGAACUGUCCCUUUAGCAGGCUGAUGCUUGUGUCUGGUCUCCGGUGUGCCGUGUGCUGUUCCUGGGGUCGAUGGAACCUCAGACUUCUGCAGCAGGAAGGGGCGGAGCCUGUUUACCCGUCUCCUCCCCAGCCCAGCAGUGCAGGUCCCCCGGAGGCCACAGACCAGCAGACCAAAUCCAUCAGGUUGAGAGCUACUGGGAUGCUGCACUGGCCACCACAAACAGCCUGGACGGACUGGAAGUUUGUCGUUUUUGAUGCGCUCGCUCACACUGCUGCCGACCACCGUGGUGGUUCGUACUCUGAUGCUGUUCUCACUGAACAAUAACAAUCCUGUCGACACUGUAACAUUUUCUCAUUUUCCUGUCCUGUUUAUUCCUUUGGGGGAAAAAAAACAACAAAACUUUUUAAAAUUCCUAAUAAAUUAUUUUAAAACAUUCCA